ACCCUCCCAUCGGUUUCGGAGUUUGGCGUUCGGCCCCAACCACUCGCUUGUUUGCAUGAGCGCUCUGUCCUCUAUCUCGCCAAUCUGUUAUCAGCCAAGACAAGAGCCCCCGCAAAGGGACUCUUCGCGUGGUGUCCGUCGACGCUUCGCUCGUCGCGUCUUCGAAGCGCAGAAAAACUAUCAAGCGUAGGUUGUGCGCGAUUCAAAAAUGCUCGUCGGAAAGUUGGCCCUCGUGACAGGCGGCGGAAGCGGCAUUGGACGCGCGGUUUGCGCGAGUCUGGCCCUCGAAGGUGCCAAAGUCGUGGUAGCCGAUGUCAACAAGGAUAUGGCACUCAAUACCCUUAGGAGCCUGCCAAACGAGAGCGAGCACCAGGCGGUCCAGGUGGACGUGGGGGACUCCCAGUCGGUGCGGAGUCUGUUCGACACCGUCCGGAGACUGUACAGCUGUUCCCCGAGCGUGGUCGUCAACUCGGCGGGCUGCCUCACGCACAGCUUCCUGCUCAACACCGACGAGAGCGCCUUCGACGAGAUGGUCCGCGUCAACCUCAAGGGCACAUUCCUGAUCACGCAGGCGGCUGCGAGGGGAAUGGUGUCGGACGAAGGCAAACAGGAUCGUUCCAUCGUCAACAUCUCGACCAUCCUGGGUACCACGGGCUUCCCAAAGAUGUCCUGUUACGUGGCCGCCAAGUCCGGUGUCAUCGGCUUCACCAAGUCUGCCGCCCUGGAGCUUGCGCAGUACGGCAUCCGCUGCAACACCGUUCUGCCGGGCGUCACGGACACUCCUCUGCUGUCGCCCCUGGACGAAGAGACGGUGCAGACGCUCAUCCGGAGGUCGGCCAUGCGCAGAGAAGGAAAACCCGAAGACAUCGCCAGCGUCUGCGUCUUCCUGGCUUCGCCAAAGAGCUCUUACGUCACGGGGGCUGCCAUAGAGGUUACUGGAGGCGUCUCCGCGUGAAGGUUUACGGAGUUCUGGUUAUAGCUAUUCAGCCUCGUUUAGAUGUAUAAAGAUGACCUAAAGGUUUGAUGUCGAUGUACCGUAAACUGGGACGACGAUAGAAAAGUAGCGUAAAUUGGGAAACCUGUUCAAUUCUGAUGGCAAAACCUUCUUUGCCGUCAACUGUGAAAGAAAGAAACUGUAAGCGGUUGUACUACAAAGCAUCGCUUCUUAGGAUGUGUUUCCGUUCAUAAUGAUCAGAAUCUAUCUUUUAAUCCUGCCAUUGGUAAUUCCAUAAGUUUGAAGUUAUAACUUUUCGUUUUUACGUGCCCGUUAUACAACAUUGCUAAGAGCUCAUGUGUGGAAAUGGCGAAGUGAUCAACUCCGAGUACCCUAAAAAACAGAAGAAAAUUUGCCCUGUCAAGAAUUAUGAGCAGCGCGAGGCCCAGUCUAUGAGUGCACAUAGGCAAAAUAAUGAAAUCACCUAUAGUUUUAAGCAACGGUUAUAUUUAACAAAAUUUGUUUUAAGAAGUCAAGGUGAACUUUAGACAUGCCUGCAAAUACCCGCAAACACUAUA